AAAACACAUCACUUAAUACCCAGUUGUGUUAGUCUUAAUUAAAGCCCUUGUGGUUUAAGAUCUCAAUAAUAGUUGAAUAUUGAAAUGAAAUUAUUAUUGUUAUUAUUCGCUUUGAUUGGCAUCACUUAUGCCGGGAGUCCGUGUGAGGGACGGGACUACCAAAGAGGUAGUAUAGCGUGUGUGGCCACUGAACAGCACAAUGACGAGUACGACACCGUCCAGAAGAGCCCCAAAGGUGUGGUACAGGUCUUCACGACUACUAAGUCAGGCAAACGUCUGGCGAAGACCGAGAAAUUCACCUUGCUUCCUCUAUAA